AGCUCGGAAAGUCCAGCGAAUCCCCUGCUCCCGGCCCGAGGGCGGCGCGAACAAGCGGCCCUUUCUGAGCGCGGCUGCCCCCGACAGCUGGACCACAGCCCGCGGGGGCGCGGACAAUCCCGGGGCUUGUGGCCGGGGGCGGGGCGGCUCGGGUUGCCAAGGUGACCCGCGCGCGGGGAGGCGGCUCCGGCUCGGCGCGGGCCGGGCGGGUGGCGCGGGCGGCGGCGGCACCAUGAGCGGCCGGAAGCGCAGCUUCACCUUCGGGGCCUACGGAGGGGUGGACAAGUCCUUCACCCCUCACCGGAGUGCGUGGAGGAGUGAUGGGCAGAACCAGCGCUUCCCUCAGGCACUAGACCUGCCACGAGUGGACUUAGUUCCCUCCCAGACUGCUUCACUCCACCCUAAGAACACAGAUCUGUUUGAGAUGAUUGAAAAGAUGCAGGGAAGCAGGAUGGAUGAACAGCGAUGCUCCUUCCCACCACCCCUCAAAACGGAGGAGGACUACAUUCCUUACCCGAGCGUCCACGAGGUCCUGGGGCGAGAAGGGCCCUUCCCCCUCAUCCUGCUGCCCCAGUUUGGGGGCUACUGGAUUGAAGGCACCAAUCACGAAAUCACCAGCAUCCCGGAGACAGAGCCGCUGCAGUCGCCCACGGCCAAGGUGAAGCUGGAAUGCAACCCCACCGCCCGCAUCUACCGCAGGCACUUUCUUGGCAAGGAGCAUUUUAAUUACUACUCACUGGACACUGCCCUGGGCCACCUUGUCUUCUCACUCAAGUAUGAUGUCAUCGGGGACCAGGAACACCUGCGUCUGCUGCUCAGGACCAAGUGCCGGACAUACCAUGACGUCAUCCCCAUCUCCUGCCUCACUGAGUUCCCCAACGUGGUCCAGAUGGCAAAGCUGGUGUGUGAAGAUGUGAAUGUGGAUCGAUUCUAUCCUGUGCUCUACCCCAAGGCCUCCCGCCUCAUCGUCACCUUCGACGAGCAUGUCAUCAGCAAUAACUUCAAGUUCGGAGUCAUUUAUCAGAAGCUUGGGCAGACCUCCGAGGAAGAACUCUUCAGCACCAACGAGGAGAGCCCCGCCUUCGUGGAGUUCCUCGAAUUCCUUGGCCAGAAGGUCAAACUGCAGGACUUUAAGGGGUUCCGAGGAGGCCUGGACGUGACCCACGGGCAGACGGGGACCGAGUCUGUGUACUGCAACUUCCGCAACAAGGAGAUCAUGUUUCACGUGUCCACCAAGCUGCCCUACACAGAAGGGGACGCCCAGCAGUUGCAGCGGAAGCGGCACAUCGGGAAUGACAUCGUGGCUGUGGUCUUCCAGGACGAGAACACGCCCUUUGUGCCGGACAUGAUUGCAUCCAAUUUUCUGCAUGCCUAUGUGGUGGUGCAGGCCGAGAGUGGGGGCCCCGAUGGCCCCCUGUACAAGGUCUCCGUCACUGCGAGAGACGACGUGCCCUUCUUCGGGCCACCCCUCCCGGACCCUGCUGUGUUCAGGAAGGGGCCUGAGUUCCAGGAAUUUUUGCUGACAAAACUGAUCAAUGCUGAAUAUGCUUGCUACAAGGCAGAGAAGUUUGCCAAACUGGAGGAGCGGACACGGGCCGCCCUCCUGGAGACGCUCUAUGAGGAACUGCACAUCCACAGCCAGUCCAUGAUGGGCCUGGGUGGCGACGAGGACAAGAUGGAGAACGGCGGCGGGGGCGGCGGCUUCUUCGAGUCCUUCAAGCGGGUCAUCCGGAGCCGCAGCCAGUCCAUGGAUGCCAUGGGGCUGAGCAACAAGAAGCCCAACACCGUGUCCACCAGCCACAGCGGGAGCUUUGCACCCAACAACCCGGACCUGGCCAAAGCGGCUGGAAUAUCAUUGCUUAUUCCUGGGAAAAGUGCGAGUAGAUUCGGACGCCGGGGCAGUGCCAUAGGCAUAGGAACCGUGGAAGAGUCACUGAUUGUCCCUGGAAAGAGCCCCACCAGGAAGAAGUCGGGCCCGUUCGGCUCACGCCGCAGCAGUGCCAUCGGCAUUGAGAACAUACAGGAGGUGCAGGAGAAAAGGGAGAGCCCCCCGGCUGGCCAGAAGACCCCAGACAGCGGGCACGUCUCACAGGAGCCCAAGUCGGAGAACUCAUCCACUCAGAGCUCCCCAGAGAUGCCCACGACCAAAAACAGAGCGGAGACAGCAGCUCAGAGAGCAGAAGUGCUGAAGGACUUCUCCCGCUCCUCGUCCAGUGCCAGCAGCUUCGCCAGCGUCGUGGAGGAAGCAGAGGGUGUGGACGGGGACGAUACAGGCCUGGAGAGUGUCUCGUCCUCGGGGACGCCCCACAAGCGGGACUCCUUCAUCUAUAGCACGUGGCUGGAGGACAGUGUCAGCACCACAAGUGGGGGCAGCUCCCCAGGCCCCUCUCGGUCACCCCACCCAGACGCCGGCAAGUCGGGGGACCCUGCAUGUCCCGAGAUCAAGAUCCAGCUGGAAGCAUCUGAACAGCACAUGCCCCAGCUGAUGAGGCCGCAGAAGCACAAGGUGAAGAUGCUGUGUCAAAUCCAGGCAGACGGGACCUCUGCCCCCGAGGCCAGCACCAGCCUGUGGGCUGCCCCUGGCCUCCCCAGCCCUCCUCCUGGCCCACUGUCUGGGCUGUCUCUGCAGGGUGGAGCCAUCCAGACCUGGGAGUGGGGAAGCUGCUGGCACCAUCCCCACCCCCUGGGCUGGGGGGCUGGCUGGGGCAGGGAGUGGUCACUUGAAACAGGACUCCAGGCCUGGCUCAUCUGUCACCCCUGGGUGCUCCUCUGGACUCAGGGGGAGUGAGCUGGAAGGGGGGAUUGAGACAUCUCAGUGCACACAGAGCCUACUAUGGAGGCCGUGGGGUGUGACGUGUGGUAGAAUGAGCACUGGGCUGGGAGUCCUAAGUCCUAGCUUUUGAUUUGGGUUCUGCUCUGUGACUAUGGGCAAAUCACUCUCCCUCUCUGGGCAAAUCACCCUCCCUCUCUGGGUGCCUCUGCUAUAAAUGGACAAGAUUAUUUCAGAGGUCACUGAAGGCUGUGAGUCCAUGCAUCUGCCCCAGAAUGGAGGAUUGUCGUCCCAGGGACCUCCCAUCACCCUACCCUGCUUCUUGGGGUUCCUGGGGCCCCGGUGGGCCAAGGGGCAGGGAGCUGGCUGUGCCCAUUGCCCCUCCUGGACCCUCAGUCUCUACCACAGAUCUGCCGAUGCCCUGUCCACUGCCUCCACGACAGACGAGUGACCCGCUUGUGGGGGAAGUGGGAGCUACCUGGCUCCUCAGCCAGCACCCGGCUUAACCCCUGCCUUCCCAUGCUCCUGGGCACGCCGGGCCGAGGGGUCUCAGCUGGCCUAGAGUUACGGGCCGCACCUUUGCGCCACCCUCACCCACCAUGGAGGGGGAAGCCAGGCACAGCCCACAUCCUUGUGUGUGUCUGUCCACACUUUUUAGGCGCCACGCCAAAGGCCAGCCUUCCGGCCCCAACACCCAUUUUGGAAGCCCCCCGUGGCCGUGUGUAUGUCAGUAACAGUUGUACAAAAUAAAUUCUAUUUAUCGCUAUUGUA